AUGUUGAGAAUAAGUAAUAGAAUAACGCCAAGAGCCCUCACAUUUGUGCGUUACAACUACACAUCAACUACACCUCCAACCACUCAAAAAUCAACCCCAACCAAGACUUCAACAUCAUCACCUGAAGAAGAAGAAUCAUCAACUUCAUUGGCUAGACCCGAAUCGUCGCAAUUAAACUUGAAGGACUUGCAAAACAAUGUAUAUGCCAAGCCUGCACCUAAUAGAGACACCACCUGGACCAGAUCGCAACAAGCAAGAAUAGAUGUGAUAAGUAAAUAUCCUUUCCGUUUCACGCAAAAGGAUUUAGCUGAUCAGCCAAGACCUUAUGCUGCUAUUGAAUUAAUUGCUAAGGAGCCUAUUAAAUAUUUGAAACCAGAAGAAGGAAAUAUUGCCGUUUGCGAUGGAAAUAGAGGUAGCACUUUACAAGGACAUCCUAAAAUUUUCAUCAACUUGGAUAAACCUCAAGCUAGUACUUGUGGCUAUUGUGGAUUGAGAUAUGCCAAGGAGGAGUUUAGAGAAGAAAUUGAAGCUAAAGGAGAGUUUUGA